AUGUUCUCGCGACAGGUUCUCCGCGCCGUCCGAGUCGCCGCUCCUCAGCGAGCCCUCGCCCUCCGAGCCGCCCCCGUCCGAUCCUUCGCUGCCGCUGCCACGACCGAAGUCAAGCCCCCGAUUUCCGUCUUCGGCGUUGAUGGCACUUAUGCUACUGCUCUGUACACUGCUGCCGUCAAGACCUCGAGCAUCGACGCCGCUGCCGAUGCCCUGAACAGACUCGGCGCUCUCAUCGAGAAGGACCCCAAGCUCGCCACCGUCCUGUCCGCCCCGACCCUCACCCCGGCCGACAAGAAGGCCAUCGUCCAGGAGCUCGAGAAGCAGAUCAACGCCAAGGACGAGACCGUCAAGAACUUCCUCGCCACCCUCGCCGAGAACAACCGACUUGGACUUAUCCCCGGUGUUGUUGAGAAGUUCUCUUCCAUCAUCUCUGCCGCCCGCGGUGAGGUUGAGCUCACUGUUACCAGCGCUCAGGCUCUCGACAAGCGAACACUCAACCGAUUGGAGACUGCCGUCUCCAAGUCUGCCUACGUCAGCCAGGGCCAGAAGCUCAAGGUCACCAACGAGGUUAACCCCGAGAUUGUUGGUGGACUCGUCGUUGAGAUCGGUGACCGAACCAUCGACCUCAGCGUGUCUUCCCGCAUCGCCAAGAUGAACAAGCUCCUCACGGACACUCUGUAA